CUAAUCCGACUUCAACUAUGUCCUCACACAAAUUCAGUCAUCUACCAAGAGCCACAUCUGGACCUCAGCCAUGCUCGUUAACGGGCAGAACACUGCUUUCCAAUGGAACAUUGAGCAAGGGCUCAGCUUUCACGGCUGACGAGCGCCGCGAGUUUGGUUUACAAGGCUUACUCCCUUCCAGAGUUCAAACGCUCGACAUGCAAGUAGACCGCGCGUACGAACAGUACCAACAGCAAGCAACAGAUAUCAGCAAGAAUACAUUCAUGACAUCGUUGAAAGCUCAAAAUGAGACGUUGUAUUAUAAGGUCAUCCAAACCCACCUCACAGAGAUGAUGCCCAUCAUCUACACGCCAACCGAGGGAUCUGCAAUCGCAAACUAUAGUCGCAUCUUCCGAGGACCAGAAGGUGUUUUCUUGACCAUUGACCAAGCAAGCGAGAUUGAAACGGACCUGGAUCAAGCUACCUCCUCAGAUGAUAUCGACAUCAUUGUAGUCAGCGACGGCGAGCAGAUUCUCGGCAUUGGCGACCAAGGUGUUGGUGGUGUUCUUAUUUCCAUCGCAAAACUUGUGCUCUACACGCUUUGCGCUGGCAUCCACCCCAAUCGCACUCUACCUGUCGUGCUCGACUGUGGCACGGACAAUAAAGACCUUUUGAACGACAAACACUAUCUCGGCCUCCAGAAGCCCCGCAUACGAGGUGAGGAAUACGAUGCUUUUGUGGACAAGUUCGUGCAAGCUUCGCGCAAGCGUUUCCCAAAAGCAUAUAUUCACUUCGAAGACUUCGGAGUGCACAACGCGCGCCGCAUUCUUGACAAGUAUGCUUCCGAAAUCCCUUGCUUCAAUGACGAUGUCCAGGGCACGGGCUGCGUUACUCUCGCUGCGGUCACAGCGGCCGCCCGCGUAGCUAAUGUGAGCAUGGGUGACAUUCGUUGCGUCAUGUACGGCGCAGGUACGGCCGGUACAGGGAUCGCUGAUCAAAUCUCCGAUGCGAUCGCGCUUGAGAGCGGGAAGUCCAAGGACGACGCCAAGAAGCAGAUCUACUGCAUCGACCAACAAGGUGUAAUACUGCAAAGCAUGGGCGACGAUCUGAACUAUGCACAAAAGCCCUACGCCCGUCCAGACGACGAAUGGAAGGACACCGACGCUAGAUCGCUCCUCUCAGUCGUGAAGCAAGUCAAGCCCCAUGUGUUGAUCGGAACGUCUACGCAGCCUGGCGCAUUUACCAAGGAGAUUGUGCAGGAGAUGUCGAAGCACGUUGAGCGACCUAUCAUUUUACCUCUUUCAAACCCCACGAAACUGCAUGAAGCCGUUCCCAAGGACCUUUUCGAGUGGUCUGAUGGAAAGGUUUUAACUGCCACGGGCUCCCCAUUCGAUCCAGUGGAGGUGAAAGGUGGUAAGAAACGUGAGAUUGCUGAGUGCAACAACUCAGUAGUGUUCCCAGGUAUUGGUCUGGGAACAGUUCUUUCGCGCGCGAAACUCAUCACGACUGCGAUGCUGGUCGAGGCUACCAAGGCAUUAGCCUCACAAGCACCGGCAAUGAAGGACCCUGAUGCGGCGCUAUUGCCUGACGUCGAGCAUGUUCGAGAGGUUAGCGUUAAGAUUGCUGCAGCGGUUAUUAAUCAAGCUGUUAAAGAGGGAGUCUCUCAGGAGACUGAGAUCCCGGAUAAGGAGAAGGACCUCGAGGAAUGGAUUCGUGUGCAAAUGUGGAACGCGGAGUACAGGCCGCUGAAAAAAGUUACCUAG